GGUGGUUGCGGCCACAUAGAUGUGGAUGGUGCUGCAAUCCACCGACGUUAUAACGUUCGGGAGGAGGGGAGAAAAAAAUCCGCGGAGUCUGACCAAUAAGGAGCAUAUUGCAGUUUUACCUUUUGCACAUGUCCGAUGUCGUCAUUGGGAAACCACUAUCGCACUAACUCGUAUCGCAUCCCUGACAAAAAAAACAAAAACAAAAAAUGGAUAAGCACAAACUGGGAGUCCGGACUGAUCUGGUACCAUCAACAUUAAAGGAACUUGAUGGAGAAGACUAGAGAAAUCCCUUUAAGAUGACACGCACAGACCUACCUGACAUACUGGUAUCAACUGUGCAUCAAGAUUUAAAAGUGAUCCCCAUUUCUUUACGCUACACAUCCUUGCAACCCUUCAAACAAUGUGAUGCUAUAAAUCACAGCACACUGGAGGACAGAAAGAGCAAAGUCAAUAAGAGGCACUGCCAUACCUUUGACUAUAAGUCAUUGGAGUACCCCAGGUCACAGAGAUCCUCAAUGGAGUCCCCAUACAGGAAGGCUGAUAGGCAGGCAGCCAACCCAGAUGUUGCAUGGAAUGCCUUGGGCCGCCAGCAGAGAUACCGCUUCUCUGCUCCAGACAUUUUUAGCCAUAGGUUGACUCCUCAACCAGUGGCUACAGAUAUGGCCAGUGAGGUAGCUGUCCCUGAACAUAAAAGAAGGACUAGGUCAAAAAGUGCCCCACGGGUCCAGACCAGCUUCACUCCUGUGUCUUUUGAAGGGUCCUCACCUGCAGGGAGAAAGGGCAGAGAAUCCCAAAGGGCUCCAAGAGAUUCCCGCUGGAGACCAGAAGUAUCACCACGUAGGGAGUCAUCCUAUGCAGCAACUAGGGCUCAUAUGCAUGAAGUACAUCCCAUUAAGUUGCAGCCUCAGAUGAGUGACAACAGUAGAUAUUCACCUCAUUAUACUGCUGAUAAUUUUGAAGAUACCAGUCUUGAUAAACCAGCAACUAGCCCUCAUGUCAGGUGUCGAGUAGACAUCAAACCUGAUGAUGGAGCACUACAUCAUUCUGGACAGAAACAGGAUACACCUCAUGUGGAUAUACCCUGGCAGAGGCACCACAGUGGGGGAAAUAGGAGUCUGACUGUGCCACGCCAUUUCUCCUACUCUAGAACAUCAACUCCCACUGACUCAUUAGGUACAGAGAGUAGGCAAGCUCAUCAAUACUCCCGCAGCAUGCCAGAUAGUUACUUACAACCCAUGGAGAUUCAGUUGCAAAGAAUGCCUUCAUCGGGUGAUUACUAUGGUAGGGAACAUAGAGCUCACUCCAGUCCUAAUGUGCCAACCAAGUUCUUUUAUGCAGAUGACCCAGGGAGAUAUGUUACUACAGCUCCUCCGCAACCAAGCUCGUAUUUUCACGAUGAACGUUACACACCAGGACAAGCAUAUACUCCAAAAGUACAAUAUGUGCAAGAUCCAAGGACUCGAAUGGUCCAUGCCAUAGCUACAAGAUCGUAUUAUCCUGAGAUGGAGGCUCAUCCAUACUCUGUGCAAACGGGAUAUCCCAAACCCUAUACAGUGAAUGAACCCAGGCCAUACAUAAUACAGACACCUCCAGCUAGAAUAUUUUAUGGUGAUGAUCCAAGGUCUUAUCAAAUUCAGACCAGUCCACCAAGGUUUUAUUAUUCCAAUGACAUGUAUGCAAUGCCACCAGAGCACCAUGUUCCAGCAAGAGCAUAUUACACAGAGGGCCGAAGACAUGCGAGAGUCAUUCAGGCACAAACAGAUGACUGGUAUGGUUCUGAUGCAUCUGGUUAUUCCACCAACCCUGCCUCCUAUGUAUCUCAAGUCACUCCAACCAGAAUGCGGCAAGAGUCUGUGUUAACUCCGUGGUAUGCUAACCCAUGUGUAGAACCUCAAAGAAUUGGCACAGAUUCCAAAUCUUACUCACGGUCCUGGGACAAUAUUCUUAACUGCCGUGUAGAAAGGGAACAACCUCUUUCUGCACAACGAGGUCAGAGCUAUGAUGAUCUUCUUGAUUCCAGGAAGCCUGUUACAGCUACUGGUGACAAACCACAACCAGUGGUAGUCAAUCUCUCCAGUUCACCAAGACGCUAUGCAGCCUUAUCGGUGUCUGAUAACUCACUAAUUGACAAAAGCCCAACAGAGACAUCAAAGAGCACUACAAAUAAACUCUGGUUUGUCACUCCUGAGAUAACAAUCACUGACAAUGACAUUCGACCAGGGAACCUUAAUAAGGCUGAAGGACGGUCUGCUAGUUGGGACAUUCUUGACUGCAGAAGCAGUGAGGGUCCAGAAAUGGCUCAGCAUGAUUUUGAAAGCUUGACCAAAGAGAAGACACAUGACAACGCCUCACUUCAGCAAAGCCUCGAACAACUUGAUGAGCUUUUGGCAGAUCUUGUGACUGAUUACAAGCCACCCAGUAGAAGGGCAAGUGAAGACAUUCUGGACCAACUAAAGAAGUUAAUUGAUGAGGAAGAAGCAGUAUCUUUGUCCAGGAAGAGUUCAAGGGCAGGUACAGAGGAACCAGCUCCACUGGACAAGCAGCCAACCUCAAUAAGAAUGAAUCCAGAUGCUUUUCGAGACAUGGAUGGGGCCAGUGAUGCAAUGAAGAGUGCAGAUGAGUGCUCCCCAGAUCAAAGCCCAGAUGAAGAUGAUACAAUGAUGUGCUCCAACAACAAAUGCCGGAGGACAGAGACUCUAUUCAAUGCUUGCCUAUAUUUUAAAUCCUGCCACAGCUGUUACACCUAUUACUGCUCUCGAAACUGUCGCAGAGAGGACUGGGACAUUCAUAAAGAAAGCUGCUUGUAUGGAAGAAUUGGGAGCACAUGCCGACAUAUUAUCAAACACUGCCGGGAGACUGUUGAAGUUCAUAAAGCCUUUUCCCGUAUUGCCAAAGUUGGCUACCUUUCUCGAGGUAGAGGAGUUCUCUUCCUUGGUUUUCCAAACCCUGCAUCAUCUACUAACUUCUUGCAGUAUGGCCUUGAUAGUUUACAUAUGUCUCCUACGUACCUGUCCCUCCGAGAGCUUGAAAGCUUCAAGGACAACCUUGGGGAAUACUGUAAGGAUCUGCAAGAAGCUGGUAAAGAAUACGACCCAAACGAAUGUUUCAUUUUGAAUGUAUCCAUUGCUGUUGGUGAGCAGUUGCCUGAUGGGCCAUCACCAAGAAAUCAAGCUCCAACUGUCAGAAAAUAUGCAAAGGUGGCAUUGGCGUCUUUCAGUCCAGAGAGAAAGGUUCACAAGAAAGAGAGUGACAUGGAAACGUUGAUCCUCACUCCACCCCCAGGAACAGCAGAUAUCGACAAAGAGGGAGAAGAAGGCCGGAAGGCCAGAGAAAUCUGUUUUAUCAAUAUACAACGGGAGUUGAGGAUUCGAGGAGUGUUCUUACGUCAUGAAUACCCACAGGUCUAUCAGCAGCUCUGUGAGUUUGUGGAAAGUAACAGGAGAUUUACACCCACAACUAUUUAUCCUAUUGAUAAGAGGACCGGUAAACAGUUUAUGUGCAUGAUUAUGGCUGCCUCAGAGCCCAGGACGUUGGACUGGGUAGGUACCCCACAUCUCCUUGAUGACAUUAUUUAAGUGCACCUUUUGUUGUAAGUAUAUAUGUAUAGAAAUACAUAUAUAUUGUUAAACAUAUUUAUAUGUCAAUUCAAUUACUAACAUUUGUAGAUAAGUAUUUUGUUAUCAGAAUAAUAUAUAUUCAUGUCUGCUUGGUCAGUAUUAUUCUUCAUCAGAAUAUUUUCUGUCAGCUGCAGAAUGAGUACAAUGCAUUAUUUAUUUGAAUUUUUUUGACAAGUACAUACUUUAUGCCAACCACAGGUCAUUUAUCCAUAUCCUGGUCAUGUACUGUUACAACACUUUUCCUUUGGUUGGGAUUACCUAAACUAACAUUUUGGUGUUUGGAUUUUUUAAAAAUGAUUAGCAAGUUCUCUAUGUUCUUUGAAACUUAGACUCUUAAAAUUGGAGUGUCCAUUUCUGUGAGUACCACAUAACUAUUUUCAUAUAUGACCUGAAUGGUAUAUCUUGUACAAAAUAACAUUAUUUUCAUUUGCUACAUACUUUCUAUGCAAAGUUGCUUAAUGAGUUAACUACAUUCCUGCAGAAAGCGUAGUUUCUGUUAUUAUAUUAUAUUAUAUUAUAUUAUAUAAUAUAAUAUUAUAUUAUAUUAUAUUAUAUUAUAUUAUAUUAUAUUAUAUUAUAUUAUAUUAUAUUAUAUUAUAUUAUAUUAUAUUAUAUUACUCAGAUGGGAGACAAAUUAACAGAAAAACUCACGUAAAAUAUCCUAGUAACAGGCUGGACUGCUAUGUGCCCCUUGGCACUGACUCUCCAAAUCUCUGAAACUAUAUUGGAGGGAUGAACACCAUUGUUGCAAACAAUUUUCACUCAUUUAGUGCUUGUCUGAAGGUGGUGGAAAGCGUUAUCUAACAAGUCAGUUCAAAAUCUUUUAAAAAUUUUUGACUGGGAUGAGAUCUGGUGGCUGCUAAGGCCACAGAAUAUAAUUUUCAUAAUUAUCAUUAAACCAUUUAGUACCUGUUGUGUUCUGUGGAUGGGAAGAUUGUCAUCCUAGAAGAGACCACUACCAUCACGAUAGAAAUUAUCCAUCUCGGGGUAAAGGUGCAGAACAAUUUUGCAGUGGUUUGGAGUGACUAUUCACUCUUCGGGGCAAGUGAACUAAACCAUGAGGACAAUACGCCCUCCACAGUUUAAUAGAGCUACUGAAUCACCUCACUGUAGGGGUCCAACUGUCAGGCAUGUACUAUUCUCUUGGUGUAUGCCACACAUGCCCUUACCCACAUGUCAAAAUUAUGGUGAAGUAUGACUCCUCUGACCCUUUUACUUGUUUCCACAUCUCUGAAGAUCAGUGCUUAUGUUUUUUUCUUUUCUCUCUUUUCGUCUUGUGACCUUGAUAUGACAUCAAAAUCAACUGGCCUUGCUCAGCAUUUUUAGACAUGCUAUAGGAAUGAUUGGAUGUUAACUACUUAACUGUAUCAUCCUUUGCUCCUGUGUGGAAGGAUCUGCAUUCGCUGUGUUUCUGUACUCAUCUAUUCAGGUUUUUCCUUUCAUUUGUUAUCCAUUUAUAGCAUAUUAUACUUAUGUAAAAAAAAAAAAAAAAAAUGCUGCAACUGAUAUAGAUUGCUUAAACUUUUGGUGGCAGCGUAAUUCCUCAUCAUACAACAGUAAUGAAGACUGAAAAUAAAAUUAUGGUACUACUUGAAACAUUAAAAGACAGGCACAUAAUCUUAUGUUGCUUAAGUGUGAGUGCAACACUGAAAAUGUAUCUUUUCUUUUAUCUGAAUCUAAUAGCAUACUUUGAAAAAAAAAGGCUCAAUUCAGUAGUUCUUUAAUUCUGCUCUGCAUAAUUACUGGAACAGUGCUGAACUUAAAAGUAACCUCUUGAAUGGAUAUUAAAACAGUGCCAAUUACCUGCCACACAGUAGGUGUUCGCCUGUACUGUUCAGUUUUAAACACUGUGAAUAGUGAGAGUUCUACCACAAAAACUAAAGUUGGUAUACUACCAACAAACCAUGCAAUUUAUUAUAACACUGACAUCAAUAAAUUGUAUUUUUAGAUAUAUUUAUGAAUAAAACUAUAUGAAUUAGCAGCAGGACUUAUUGUCCUUAGAAUAAGGAGAGUCAGAUUUGGCACAGUAGCUAUAUGGUACAUAAAUGCUAAAAAAUAUAUUAGUUGUGUAUUCGUGCUGCACUAGGUUUAUUACAUCUGUGACUUAUAAUGUUCUCUUUUGGUUUAAGCAAAUUAUAAUCAUUACAUUGCUCACCGGUUGCAAAAGUUUUAGAAAUAUUUAAUAUUGCAGCUUAGCAGUAUUGUCUCAUUCAUUAUUCAGUUACAGUACAACUAUUACAUCCCAGGUUUCCUGUCAGCACACUGAAAAAAAAAAGUAAAAUCUACUUUUAAGUUUGAAAAAAAAAAAAUGGUCUAGCCAAAAUAUAUUGUAUGUUUGAAAUGCUAAUAUCCCAAUUUUUGAAAAAAUGUUUCAACUCACCCCAUUUGACACCUGGUUCAUUAUGACUGGAAGAUGUGUAUUUGUCAUAAAGUCCCCAGUAAAAGCUGAAUUAGCUGUUUUCUCCCAGUCAUUUAUUAUUUCUCUCUAUUUCAACAGCUUUCCUUGUGAUCUCAGUUUUCCUUAGACUUUGUAAAACAAAGUACAGUUAAGUCUGAAGCCCAUUCAUUUGAAAAUCUUUCACUGAAGCCCAUUCAUUUGAAAAUCUUUCACUGAGUUACACUUAUUCGGGUAACAACGGUAUAAUGUAUGGGCUGUAUAAAAUUUGUUUAAAAAAAAACAAAAAAAAAACGCUGGCUGCAUGUGAUUCUGUUUUCUAUGCGCUAAUCUCAUUUUAACAUGACAUUGAUGAUAGUAACUUGCUUGAUGAAUGGACUUGUAAAAGUGAAAACUACUAUGCUGUGUAAGAAAAAAUAAAUGAACUUUCCAUUUUUGUUUUUCGAGUUAAAAUAAUGUGUUGAAGGCAACGAAGAAGAGACCUCACUAAAAUAUCUAGAAAAUCCUUUAAUCCUGUAUUUUUUUAUACUUUCAACAUAUGUGUCUGAGUGUGUCUAUUUAUAAACCAUAUCUAAUAAAUGGAAUGGGAACUGC